CUGCUCUCCUUCGACCUGUUCGUCAACUCGUUCAGCGAGCUGCUGAGGACUGAGCCCGCCGUGCAGCUGGUGCUUUUCAUAAUCCAGGACAUCUCCAUCCUGUUUAACCUGAUCAUCAUCCUGCUGAUGCUGUUCAACACCUUCGUGUUCCAGGUCGGCCUGGUCGCCAUAUUGCUCGAGCGGUUUAGAAUGCUGCUAAUGCUCUCUGCCCUCUACCUGACCUUCAGCAUCAUACUCCACUCCUGGCUCAUGAAUCUGCGUUGGCUGAACACCAACAGAUACGUGUGGACAGACGGUCUUCAGGUGCUGUUCGUGUUCCAAAGAACCGCUUCGGUGUUGUACUACUACUUCUACAAGAGGACCGCAGAGUAUCUGGGCGACCCUCGUCUCUACGAGGACUCACAGUGGCUGCGAGACGUCUUCGCUCAAGUCAGACAGUGAGCACACGAGGCCACAGACGUCGGAUCCAGAGCACAAAUC